GGGCGGAGCCAAGUUUAAGGAAAUGGUCCCGUUGGUAGGCGGCUGCUUCUGCUCCCAAGAAAACCGGCGACGAGCAUCCAUACCCGGCAGUUUCACGAUUCUACAUCUUCACUGCCUUCAAGCCACGGCUACCGAGCAAAAUACACAAAAUCCACAGUGACACUUGCCUGCUUACAAGCUGAGCGAACGACAGUACGCUGCAAAAUUUCUAGAGAUAUCCGUGUCGGGGCUCGGAGAUUAACGUUUAAGAUAAACCUCUUUAGAAUGGAGACGCAGAUACAUGUGCCCGUCGGGUCGCCGGUAAUUAGGAAGAUUCCCGUUUUCGUGGACGAACACAAUGUGACGGAAGGAGCCAUGAAGCUCAUUAAAGAGCUGAGACCUGCGUGGGAGACGAGCCGUAUCAAGACCAAGCUCUUCACCGAUGGAACCACCAACAAGUUAGUGGGCUGCUACGUGGACGACAGUCCAGAGGACGUGGUCCUGGUCCGAGUGUACGGGAACAAGACGGAGCUCAUUGUGGACAGAGACAAUGAGCUCAAAAGCUUUCAGGUGCUACACGCUAACGGUUGCGCCCCUCGUCUCUACUGCACCUUUCAAAACGGCAUCUGCUAUGAGUUCAUGCAGGGAGACGCUCUCGGGACGCAGGACGUCAGGGAUCCUUCUCUACUCAGGAUGAUUGCUAGGGAAAUGGCUCGCAUCCACGCCAUCCACGCACACAACGGCUGCAUCCCCAAACCCAACCUCUGGAUCAAGAUGCGGAAAUACUUCUCCCUGGUAGCCACGGAGUUCACCGAGCAAGCCUCCAAUGUCAGAAUCCAGCAGGAGGUUCCCAGCAAAGCGGUUCUGGAGCAGGAGAUGGUGUGGAUGAAGGAGCAUCUCUCCACGCUGGGCUCACCUGUCGUGCUCUGUCACAACGACCUGCUCUGCAAGAACAUCAUCCACAACAGCAAAGAGGGUCACGUCCGCUUCAUCGACUACGAAUACUCCAGCUACAACUACCAGGCCUUCGACAUCGGCAACCACUUCAAUGAGUUUGCAGGCAUGGCUGAGCUGGACUACGGACUGUACCCGAGCCGGGAGAUGCAGAUGGACUGGCUCAGAGUGUACCUGCAGGCGUACAAACUCUUCACCAAGAAAACAGAGGAGGUCAGCGAGCGGGAGCUGGAGACGCUUUAUGUGCAGGUCAACAAGUUUGCUCUGGCUUCUCACUUCUUUUGGGGCUUCUGGGCACUCAUCCAGGCCAAAUACUCCUCCAUCGACUUCGACUUCCUCGGGUAUGCUGUGCUACGCUUCAACCAGUACUUUAAGACCAAACCUGCACUGAUGGCCCUGCAGAUCCCAGAAUGAGAGGGACGGCGGAGAGGAAGACGGGAUGCAGGGUGUCUCAGACGUCCCUGUGGGGUGUGGACUCUCUUCUGUACCAGCUGUCGAUGGACCACAGCUGGGUCUACCUGCCAUCCUCUUUUCUGCAAGAAGCGCAAUUACCGUUUUAUUCCUCCGAACCCAGCUCCUCGUCCGUCACGACUCCAGCUCCAGAAUUACAAAUCUUCCAUCUGUGUGAAUGUGCGCGUGUGUGAUUUACCGCGACGAACCCCGAACAGCGUCUCGCUUUUUCCCUCUUUGGGCAGCUGAACCAGACGUAGUGAGAACAGCAGUGUGUGUGUGUGUAGGUAGGGUAGAGGUCACUGGCUUAAAACCUGCUUUAUCAUCUGUCGCACUGGCGCCAAAAUGUUCCAGAACGCUGGUAAUGAAGGUCAGUAGAGGGGACGAGACUGUUCAGGGCGGUUUGACGGCGCCGCUGACGGAUAGUUUGUCUAAUUUUUUCUGUGUAUAUCUAACGGGACGAGCCCGUCGCCUCCUUCAGGGGCUUUUUUUUUUUUUUUUUGCCUGGCGUUAUGUGUUUGGCGAAUGGAGCGACACCGUUUCGCCUUCUCUCCCCCGAUGUUUUAAUACUUUAAAGUCUAUGUUUUACCCGCCCGUUUUCUCCGUCUUUGGUGCUACCUGCUCGUAGCUGCAGCCUCUUUUUGCACUGAACUUCCCAGAGAUCAGAGCCGAACACGCAUCACUUUACCCCCCUCACCCCUUCACCCGGCUCUCCUCUCUGUUGAGCUUCUGUCGGUACCUCUGAUAAUUAACCGCUGCUUCUGCCGCUGCUACUUUUCUGUUGUGCAAGGCCCCCCCCCCCCUCCCUGGAAAGAAGGUGCGAGUGUGAAAAAUGGCUUUAGGUUGAAUCACUAUUGUGUUGUAGCAAUCGGUGACAGAGAGAAGCUAAAUGUGCAUUUAUUUAUAUGUGUGAAGAAACUGUGGAUUAUUACACAUCUCAGGUUUAACAACUCUUGGGUUUGGAUCGCUAAGUUGGAAAGCGGUGUCGCGGGAGGAGCGGGGAAGUAAAUGGUUAAUAAGAGGGGUGUAAAUGUGACACUAAUCUCUGUGUGCAUUUCUGUCCUCGCGCCCGCUUUUUCCACCUUCUUGACUUUUAUGGUUGCGCCGGAUUCGCUUCGUCAAAGCUUCCAUUUAAACUUUCCAGACCUUCUGGAAAAUCACGACCUCCGUCACCCUUCUGUGCCAGCUGCUCCCGUCCUCCUGCUCCCGUCCUCCCCCCCCCCCCGCGCUGUUGUGCCCCCUUGUGUCGGCUCCCUCCUCACCGUUUCCAUCCGCGAUCUGUUUCCCUCACACCUGCAUCACGAAACCAUCUCCACAUCCCGGCCUCCUCUCGGCUCCGCGUUCGUAAUCCGUUCACAUUCCAGAUCCAGAGCCAGAUUGUGUUGCGUAAUCAGAUGUUACGUAAGUUUUAUCUGGGGUCAAAUCAAGUGUAGCUUUUUAAAACGAGGGAGGAAUGGGAUAUUUUUCGGGCUGUGUGACUGUCGUGCUCUUACGUUCAUGGUAAAAGGUGACUUCUGGCCCUUUAUCAGGAGAACACUUCCUCCUCCGGCUCUGACUGCGCGUAGAAAGCCGCAUCCUUAACGCCACGUUUUUGUGUUUUGUGCGAAUUUCCCCGCACAAAACGAAACCUGGUCAGCUCAUGCAGACACCUCUAGCCGUAACGUAGCACAGCAAGAUGCAAAAUCACGUUUUUAUGUAGUAAUUUGCAUGUUAAUACACUACAGAUUCACCACUGCAUCGCACAUCUUGACUGGACGUCACGGCCCCUCGCUCACAGCCUCGUUCCUUUUUUUUUUUUCCUUUUAUCUUCAUCAAAGACCUUUUGACUUGUCACAGAAAAAAUAAAGUACAGGUUAAUAAAGGCUGCUGGGACACUUAAUGGAGCUGAGCCAUCAAUAAUACACCUGUGCCUCUAAUCCUGUCACAAGUCAAAAUGUCUGACUCAGUGGCCGUGAAACAUGUUUCUGAAUGAAAGUUGCCCACAAACAGAGCGGAACGGGACGAAUUUUGUAGAAAUAUCGGAAAAGCAGAUGAUCUUCUCAUGAACAACCAGCGUUUAUCUGGAGGAAACAUUUGAAGACAUUUGUAUGUAAGACAGUGAACAGUCCCUUGAGUAGGAUAUAAAUGAAGCUCAUGUUAGUUCAAGAGCCUCAUAUCAGUAAAUUCUGCAUUUAAUUUAUGUUCCGUUCCACCCGACACGCUCAAGAUUAUUUAAUUCCUCACAGGCCCAGACGGGGGAGACACUGAGCUCUGACCUUUGUCCUCCACUGCUGGUGUUGUGUAACCGACAGGUUUAAUAAUUCACCAGGUGAGCGGAGCCUCAGAGCUGCAGCACAGACGGAGAUGUUAAUGAGACAUGUUUCUAGAAGGGUUGUAUUUAUGUCUGAAUAUAUGUGAGUCAGAACUCAGUUGAAGGCAGUGUGACGCUGAAUGAGUUUACUUCUUUAAUGGCACGUAUUUGGGAGCAAAAAAAAAAAAAGCUGUAUUGUCUUAAAAAAAAAAAAAAGAAGCUUGAAUCAUCGCACAUCACUGAAUGGAUUCGAGAAUGAUCAAGAGGUCCCCGUUUUUAGCGGACUAAUAGAGUAAUCUGCUUAGUAGAUUUGCAGACAAAGGCCAAAUUGGUGAACUUGCUGCUCGGAUGCACAAUCCUAAAGCCCUGCUAGGAAUUCAGCCUGGAUAAAAAAAAAAAGAGCACUUGCACCCCGUGAGCACUGAAUACAUUUCUCCAUUCCCUUUAGCAGAGGGCCCUGAUCCAAAGUGGAACUCUUCUGUUAGCACAGCUUUCUGCAGAAGAAGAAGAAGUGUGUGAAGUGUCAUUGUCUCUAAACGAUAUCUGAUACCGCAGCAUAAACAGACGCUAAAGGCUGGAGAUCGGUGUAGAGUCGACGACCUAAAAAAACACAUUCCACACAGCCGAGGUCGUCCUAAAAAAACGCUGCGCUCGUUUCACAGCUGUUUGACCUUUUGGCCACCUUACCCACUGUGCUCUUUGGUGCUCAGCGUGCGGCGUCGCAGCGUCUUCGUGUGGCUGAAAAUCGUUUUUGUGUUCUAAAAGGCACGUGACAUUCUUCCGAACCGCGGAAACACUUCUGUCCGCGCAGGUUCUGUGAAGGAAAAGUUAACGUUUAAAAGCACAAAAGCACAUGAUCGGAACGUGUCCCUGUUCUGUGUGAACCUAAAGAUGCGCCCGGAACUUUUUAUCGUUCAACAACAAAGUCUCAACAAAAUAUUAGUAAGAAAAAAGUCUGUAGCUACACCAAACACAUAUCGCAGGAUGUGGAGUGUUCAGCUUCCAAUGCACAGUGGACACAAACGUUUUCUAAAUUAUUAUGUUGAAUAGAUAGAAUAAUCCCACAUGCAUCACGACAUUUGUCUAACUACAGUCUCCUAGGGUUAGGGUUAGUGUUGCCCUUCUCAGAAUCACUAACAUGAAUUUUUACCUGCUUACCUAGAAACUCUUAUUAAUUAACAUAUUUACCUGAAUUAACCUCUUGUCAAAAAUGUUUUUAAGUGAUAAAAUGAGACCUAUUAGAUGUCGGGUACUUUACUGCGUUUCACCAAAACAUUAUCUUAAGGAUUUGCACUAUUGCACCACACUGACAAUGAAGUGCGGCAAAAAGCAACAGCCGUUGUGUAGUCGGUGGAUCACUCCGUGGGUAAGGUGUCAAAGAGCCAAGAAAGUCCUGCGAGUGUUCACUGGAAGCUGAAAGCUCCCGUUUCCUGUUUUUAAGACGGACUCUGCGUUUUAUUUCGUGUCCUUUUUGUAGCGACCUCUCCGUGCCGGCCGUCGAAAACAUUUAACUCUCACUGUGUCCGGCCUUUUUAGUGUUUUAAAGCCGUUUAUUUAUUGAAGGAGCCUAACGCCGCAUUUCCCACUUUUCCUCUCGUUGUUUUCUAAUCAUACCAAAAUGGCUAGUUUCAGUGUGCAUUACAGUUAAUUUGAGAUUAACCGUUUUUGUGUGCGAAUGUACUAACUUAUGAUACACUGUACAGGAAAAAAAAAUAUAAUUUUUUUUCUUUCUUUGUAUGCCGAUAUUUACUUUUUGUAAAAGCUUUGACUUGAAACCUAGAGCGCCGUGUAAAAGGGACGCAGCGUUUGGCUUGCAGAUGUGACUUUGUACUCAUCCACUGCUAAAAAAAAAGAGGUGGUGCCUCAGUGUGUGUGUAUGUGUGUGCGCGCGCCUGGCGGAGACGGAGGAUGUAAAUACUGUAAGAAAUACUGUGAAAAGCUUACUGUACAGUGAUCCUUCACACCUCUGUAGGAGUGGCAAGAAGAAUUAUUUAACAGUUGUCAAUAAAUAUUUCCAUUAAAAUGUA